AUGCCUUCCGAACACAUGCACCAGUCUCAGCCACAGAAAAGGCCUUCUCUUGGGGGCCACCAAUCCACGAAUUCCAUCACCAGUAAUACGCAUAGCGAUUCGCCCUCGGCCGGUACCUCUCCUCACCAGCACAGCGCAAAGCCAAAGGCCCAAAAGCACGUAGUCCACCACAGCAGUUCGAAGCUACACAAACGGGUGCCGUCGAAUAAAGGGCUGCAGAAGCUCACCAAGGUGCAUGGCAAUGACGGGUCGCAAACGGAUCUACAAUCGAAGAGGAACGCAUCCGCCACGAAUCUGAGAAAGAACCACAGCGCAGUCAGUUUAAAGCGUAAUCGCUCCACCGGCGAGGUCGCAAAAAGACCCAAAUCCUCUUCCAGUUCGAAAUCAGAUAGAAAGGCAAAUACUUCGGUGCAUUUUGAAAUUGGAGAUACGGACGAGGGCGAAGGCGCAUGGGAAGAAGCAAGCUCAUCUGCGUCGCCGGCACUCUCGCGCGCUCCAUCACGUAGCGGCCAAUCGUCUUCGAAACCCAGCGCGCAUAGCUCACAUCCUACCUCUCCCAGACCUCAAUCGCCUUUGCGACAGCAAGACCCUACACCUGCGAAUGGAGCGCGAGCUCAUGCCGCUGACGCGAAGAUUAUAACGGAGCGACUACUGCAGAGAACACCAUCAAACACGACGACCACAAAGAUGUCUCUGGCGACAGCUCAACCUACGGCCGCUCACUCGCCAGACUCGGAUGCUAUGGACAAGAGCGCAACAGCCACAUUAAACAGCACACCAAAAACGGGGAGCGAUGUAGUAUCCCGUUUUGUAGGCGGGUCAGGUACCCCGAAAGAUCCAUCUUCCUUCCUCAACAACCCACGGCGAUCUCAUUCGAAAGGCGAUGAAGUAAAACGCGCCCAGAGCAUGGGAAAUUUCACACAUCACGAUAACUCCCCUACUCCGGAAGAAGAGGAAAGACCGCUAGCUCCUCGAUCGAGGAAAUCAAGCAACACACAUAACGCCUACAACCCACCCCAACAAUCCCGCACCCAGCAGAAAUUAUGGUUACAGCGCGCGAGUUCGAAUAUAGAACCUCAACAGAUGGCGCCCUCAGGAAUGGGCCUUGGACUUAGCCUCCAUGGAGGCGGAUUCGGAAAUACACCGCUGGUAGGUGCCACCUAUGAUGGGAAGGACAAACGGAUCAAAACGCAACUCGAACGCACGGGAUUAGAAUACCUAGUCGUAAGACGCCAUCAAGAUCCCGUCGGGCAAGCCAUAAAACGUCUAGACAAACUCCCCGGUGCGGACCGUAACCGCAGGAUCCCAGGUCAGAGUCGGAGAGGCACGGAGACGAGUGGAACUGGAAGCCAGGGCGGGAGAUACGGGUUAAGUCAGAGUCUCCGUACGACGGGGACGAGUCGGAGAGAUGGGACGUCGACUGCGGCUGGCAGUUUUGAUGGGGAUGCGGAUGCCGCUAGUGAUACCGCGUCGAAUGUUAGGAGGGAUGGGGAUGAUGAGAGUGUUAGUGCUGUGCUGAGGAGUAUGUGGGAUAAGAGUUUUGAGUUUGGGGCCAGUGCUGAUUAA